CAAAAUAUCUUUUCUGGUCGAUAAUCGACUAUCAUCUUCAACUUCAACCAAUGGCCCCUACCUUUGAAGAUUUACUUCAUCGAGCACCAGCUAACGAGAAUCCCUUCAGAUUUGUUAAUGAGCUAAUUGAACAAGCAUUACAUCCUUCCACUCCAACUUGCGCUGCACCAGCUCUGGUCUUUUUCGGAAUCGUCUACGGUGCCAACAUUUUGGUUUGUUUGGCAAUACUCAUCAUUCCCCUACAUAGGGGUCCGGCUUCUAAAAAGAAAUAUCAGACACCUUGGAAGUCAUAUUAUAUUGUUGGAAGUAACGUGCCUUAUUACAUACCCAAUAGCGGCCUCUUCAUGGCGAUAUUACAGUUGUUCACUUGUGUAAUAUCUGAAAUAUAUGUGGCUAUGCUCUACUAUUCUGCUAAAUCUCCCCGUUUUCAACGAGCUACGUUUGCUCUGGUCUGGGUCGAAAUCAGGUGGCUUCCAAUGUACCUUGGAAUUUGGUCAACCGCGUGGGCAUCAUUUGCCUUUUGUCUAUGUUCAGCUAGGUCUACCCUCCAUCGGUUCCUACACUUCAAACCACUGGUGUUCAACUCAUUUUGUUUCUCCUUCGCCAUUCUCGUCUUCUUACUCUCUAUCUACUGGACUGUACUACAAUUAUCAUUCUUAAAAGCAGCUUAUUACCAAUAUGAUAUCUUCUUUAAACAAAUUCAUUCGGCAAUCAUUCAAUGGGAUCACAAUGGUGGAAUUGACUUACCUUCUUCUGAACUUAAUCAAUUGACUGAGAGUUAUGACAUGUAUGUUCGAUCUUCAAAGGCUACUCUUAAACAUACAAGGAGUACAUAUCUCUUCUGGACAGCUACAGCCAUACCUAUCCUUACGUUUUAUGCUAUUUCUGUUUGGGCUCUUUUGAGCCUAGUCCUUGGCUGCGCCAAAGUAGCUUCUGGACAAAUUAGUGUCUUGGAACACUUUCAGUCUGAUAUUUCACAAACAGAUACCGAAUCUCUUCGUACAUCAACUGAUUUUGUAAUCAAACCUCAAGAAAGAAAAGAAAGUUUGAAUGGUAUUAAUGGAAAAUAUCUACGAAGGAAAUAUAUCAAUCUUGUGGCUCAAUCUAGUUGUUUGUUCUUUGGACUUUUCUUUGACACAACGGUGGGAAUAUAUCGCUUGGCUACAGGAAACCAGUCAAUUCUUCAUCAAAAGACUCGAGUCAUAAUGACACUACUGGGAUUUGGUGGCUCUCUAUUUAUUUUCCUGGCGAUGACAAUCCAAUGCUACUACAUGAUCACAGAAAAGAAGGGACAGAAAAUUUUGGCAGUACCUACAAAUGAACCAACUAUAACGCAGUUUCCGAUACAGUUCCGUACCAGCAUUGAACGAUCAACUUCAAGAUGAUCAUUUGGAUCAUAAUUUCUCAUCUUGUGAUGAUCAUUUAUACACAUUUAAGUUGUUGAAUUGCUCACCUUAUUUUUUUUUCUUUACUUACGUUUUCAUUCCUUGCAUAAUUGAUUUUAUGCUACAUUCUAUUAGUACUAUUCGUAACUAAAUAUAUUGUGGCUUUACUACGAACGUUUUUUUCUCGAUUUUAUAACCAUUUCAUAAAGGUUUCAUUACAUCUUGACGAUUCUUUUUUCUCCUUUCAAAUUCUACUCUCUGCCGAAAUAGGAUAAUCAGUCUUUCACUCAAUUUUCUUUUGUAAUCUAUGUCAAAUAUAGCAGCUUGAUUUGACAUUGAGCAACACAAGCAGAUUAUCAAACUUC